CGUCUGCUGAAACAAUCAUGGCGCUGGUGACUGACAUCAAACUGAAAUUCAUAAACUAACUAUAAAGAGGAAAAUCCGGCCACAAUCUCCUAUGUAUUUGUUUGAUAUGAUGAAAGAUUAGCACUGCAUAACUAAGGAACAAGAUGCUAUCCCAAAGGCAGGAAGAAGAGCAGGCGAACAGUCAGCCAUUCUUCAAACCAUCCUCUCAAAGUCAAAAUGCAUCACAUAGUUUCUUCAUAUUCGGUGACAGAGAAAGUAAAACAGAAACUACAAGAAGUAAUACUUCUUCAAUAUUCCAGGACACUCAGCCACAGCAAGCCAGUUCGGUCAGCACACAUCCACUACAAAUAGCGUCAAAUCUAAACCAAGCAACUGCUUCCAUGCCUGAACAACCGUUUCUCCAGCAGCAGCAAAAGUCUUCUACUUUGCAGCUUGACAGCAUGUCUGAGGGGUCAGAUCGUCUGAGCAUGAUACAUACCCGCCUGCACCAUGAAGCAGACAAAAUCCGGAGUUGGAAGGUUCAAACUGAGAUGGAAUUGAAGCAGAGGGAGAAAAAUCUUCAAGAUUCCCAGCUCACAAUAGAUUCACAGAAGAAAUCAAUUCUUGAGUUGCAGCUUCAAAAUGAAAACCUCAGCAGAAAACUCAAAGAGGAAAUGGACAACCGAACAGACAUAUCAGAAAGGAUUGAAUCAACAAGAGAUAUGUGCAACUUAUUGAAGGAUUAUACAAGCAAGUUUCAGGAGAGGAUGACUCUAUGUGAAAAUGACAGAGAUGAACUCAAAGCAAUUGAAAAACAGCACAUGGAAGAUACAGAGGAAUUAGGAGACAUGUUCAAGGAUCUAAGUCUCCUUCAUACUAACAAGGUGAACGACCUCAUUCUUACAUUGGAAACUGAAAAAAACUCUAACUUGAAGAACAACGAGCAACUAAUCAGUCAACUUAGAGAAAUACAACUUAAGCUCAAGGAUCUUGAAAAAGAACUGAAUGAAAAAGAAAAUGACAUCAGUCAACUGACGCUCAAGAAGCAAGAAGUAGCUCUACAACUGACAAGACUGCAGGAAGAAAAUUCUUCUCUGCAGAACACUUUGACUGAAGCACUUGGUAAAAUUCAAACCCAAGUGAACAAUUUGGAGCAAGCUGAUCAAGACAAACAAGGACUACAAAGGGACAAGAACACUUUGACCUCAGAAAAGCUGGAGCUUCAGCAGGCUCUACAACGCCAAAACAAACACACUGAGGACCUCAAGCAGAACAUCCAGGACUUGAAGGAACACAUCCAUGAAAUCACCACUGACAAGGAGAAACUCUCCAAUGAGAUUCAGAGUCUCAGACAAAAUCUGGAGAUUAAAGUGAGUGAAACAGAUACAUUGAAAGAUGAACUCAAAGUGGUCCUUGAGAGAGAGCAGGCGUCAUACGACAAAGUGGACUCCAUCAAGAAAGAGAAGGAAGCCGAACGAGCUGAAAACAUUAAUCUGUCUGAGCUUCUGAAGACCUCUCAGGAUAAAACCAACUCCCUGGAAUCUCAGCUUCAAGCAAAAGGAGAGGAGUUGAACAAGCUAAACAAUGAACUUGAGACUUUGCAGAAGACGUCUGAGCAGGAAAAACUGGACCUUGAAGCUGCUGUUGAAAAAUCUGAGAAGCUGGAGGAAGAGAUUAAUAAUCUCAGAGAAUUGCAAACGGAACAAGAUAUGACUUCAGUUCAAACGUUACAAGAAGAAAAGGCCAAAUCUGACACCUUAAACAAGGAUCUUGCUGCUUUGAACAAGCAGUCAACCAGCCUGGAGACCAAGAACAAGAACCUGCAUACCCAACUCACCACCAAGACAAAGCAGUUAAAAGAUCUUCAACAAGAAAUGAAAACACUGAAAGGAAAUCUGACAAAACAAACCAAGCUUGCCACAUCUGCGGAAACUCAGAUAUCUGAGGCUACAGAAGAAAUAGAGAAGAAAACAACCGAACUUGAAGUAAUAUCAACAAAGUUGACUGAGGCACAGAAGGAAGCAUCCGAUAAGACUAAUCUCCUAGAGGACAAGACUAAUCUCCUACAAACUCUGGAGGCAGAAACAGAGACAUUGAGAAAGAAAACAGAAACUGCGACCAAAGAGCAUGGUGAUGCGAAACAAGCCUGCGAGCUACAAAUGAUUGAAGUCAGCGCAACAUUGGAUAAAUACAAGGCUGAGAAUGAGAGAAUGGUUGCACAGAAGGACAAGGAGAUCAAACAGCUGCAGAAGGAUAUGGAGCAACAGAAACAGAAUAAAGUUAUGGAGGAGGAGCAAAUGACUACUUUCACCAAGGAAGUACAAGGAUUGAAAGAAAAGCUAGUGGAAGCACAGACUGAGAGAGAUGAAGCCAAGAAACAGAUGAGCAGCCACAGUGAAAGCCUAAUGAUAAUGAAAAAGAACCUCAAAGAAAAGGAGGAUGAGCUGAAAAAGCUUCAGAGUGCCACUAGUCUCGCUAUGAGUGAACCAAUGACUGGUGUCAGCCCUAUUGCUCCUAAGCAAAACACCCCAUUGCCUCGACAUUCUACCCCCAAACAUCCUGCCAGCAUAUCUCACACUCCUAAAACUCCUCUGACAGCAGACAAACCCUUGAUGGUUACCCCUUGCAUGAAGACACCGCAGAGGCACAGCAUCUUGAAGCAAACUGAAAGUGUACCCAGGAAAAGACACGUGGUUUUUGUUUCUGAAGAAGAAGAAGACAGUGCCGAUGGUUCCAUGUCAGACUCUUCUAGCUCACAACUAAUGGAAAUAGAGUUAAGUGAAGUAGAAAGACGGCUCGUGACUUCAUCAAGCAAGAGACCAAGUCAGUCUGUCCAGCCACUUCAUGUAACUCCUUCCAGGAAAGGCCAAAGUCCACAAUUUACCAAGACAGCAUCGGCAUCAAAGACCACUCCUACCAGACCUCCUCCGAGACAAAACCAAUAUUCACAAAAAAGCAAAUCUCAUCUCAAACACAAAAAGAUGAGAGCUCAGGCAGAUACUCCCACUGAAAUGACGCAAGCUGAAGUGAAGCGCUUCAAAGAGCUGUACCCAGAGGAGGUCCAUAAUGACGCCUUGCAUCCAAGCAGCAAGACAAAGCCAAAGAAAAAGACGUCAUCAGCAUCUGACAACACUCGCAAGGCUCCGAACCGCAUCUUCAAGGUGAAAGGAGUUAAAGACUCCUCCAGAGGUAGUAGUAAGAAAGAUAAAACUGCUAGCAAAGCCAAUAAAGAAGUAGACCUGUCUUGGUUUGAUUCAGAUUCGGUGUAUGGAUUCUUUGAUUAAACACUGAUCGAUGUGUGACCAUAUGGACCUUAUGCAUUUACGUCAUACACAGGCAUGAUAUAUUCUUCUUUACUUUAGACCAUUUUCCGAUUUUUGUUGCCCGUGAAAAAAUCAGAAAAAGUUGUUAUUUAUAAGACCUAAAAAGGUUAUUACAGCCCAUGUCUGGAUGUAGGUCAGCCCUUGUAAAGAUUUUCCUAUUUUUUUCCUUGGACCAAAUACCAUGCCUGCACACAAGCCGCCAUUAUAGAGGUAAACCGAAGUUAAUCCAAUGGAAGCACACAGAAUUGUAAGUGCAGCGCACGUGAUUGGCAAAUAAACAAUGUCCUUUUGACCUGUUGGCAAGGGCGCUCUACUCAAAUGAUGUCAUAAGGUCUAUUAAUUUGUAAGGUUAAAUUGGAAAUGCGUUCUUGAGUGAAAGUGCUGUAAAACCUGUGAUGCACAAAAGUCUUCUCAAAUGAGAUCUAGAUACAGCUUAUUGAGAGUAAACUUAUUUAAGGAUUGUAUUACUUAAUUUUUAAAGAAGAUUUUAUGUUUGUU